AAAUCGUACAAAUCGCAAUGAAAUUAGAACAUUAUUGAUAGCAUUGCCGCAUUGGAAUUCGUCGUAUUUUGCAUCGAUUUGGCACUCGUCGUUUACGAGUUAGUAGUAAGUAGUUACUUACGAGUUACGGUGGAGCGGUGAACGAAUAAAUUAUCGUUCUGUGCUGUGCACACGGAAUCCGGUAUUACCGUUGCAACAUUCGUUGCCGUCGAUAACAUUCCAACGCGCUCAUAAAACAGCGAGACACGUCGACGCAAGGCGUCGCAGUUAAUACGCGGCAUUCACGUUGCAGUUCAUAGUUAGCGUAGUCAGGUCUACGUCUCCGUUCGGUUGUGCAGCGUUGGGUGUUCGUACUUGAGAAGAUGAGUGAACAAGUGGAAAAUAAACCCGUGAGGGUUUGGUGCGAUGGAUGUUUCGACAUGGUGCACUUUGGUCAUGCAAACUCGUUGCGACAAGCCAAAGCGUUGGGACAUUAUCUGGUCGUAGGCAUACACACCGAUGACGAAAUAGCCAAGCAUAAAGGUCCACCUGUUUUCACAGAACAAGAGAGGUCUAAAAUGGUGAAAGCGAUUAAAUGGGUUGAUGAGGUAGUAGAAGGCGCUCCUUAUGUUACAAAUCUUGAAACUUUGGAUCAACAUAAUUGUGAUUUUUGUGUUCAUGGAGAUGAUAUUACAGUUACAGCAGAUGGAGUUGACACAUAUCAUCUUGUUAAAAAAGCGAAUAGAUACAAAGAAGUAAAACGAACUGAAGGAAUUUCAACUACAGAUGUAGUUAGUCGUAUGUUGCUAAUGACAAGACAACAUUUCUACAAAGGUGAUAAAGAAUAUGAAGUGGAAAAAGAGCAUUCUUCAGUAAUGGGUCAGGACAAAGCUGCCAGAAGUCCAUGGACCGGUUGUUCACAAUUUUUACCUACUACAAAAAAAAUUAUUCAAUUCAGUGAAGGCAUAGAACCUAAGCCUACUGAUAGAGUAGUAUAUGUUGCUGGUGCUUUUGACAUAUUUCAUGUUGGUCAUUUAGAUUUUUUAGAAAAAGCCCAUCAGCAUGGUAAUUUUCUUAUUGUUGGUUUGCACACUGAUCCAGUGGUUAACCAAUACAAAGGCUUGAAUUACCCAAUUAUGAAUUUACAUGAACGAGUCUUGAGUGUUCUAGCCUGCAAAUAUGUAUCUGAAGUUGUUAUUGGAGCACCAUACAGUGUAACAGCAGAUUUAAUGAAACAUUUUCAUGUUGAUGUUGUAUGCCAUGGGAAAACACCUGUGAAAAUGGAUGUUAACGGUGAAGACCCAUAUGCGCUUCCUAAAUUGAUGAAUAAAUUUGUGAUAGUUGAUUCAGAAAAUAACAUGACAACAGAAAAAAUUGUUGAGCGCAUUAUUAUUAAUAGACUUGAGUUUGAAGCUAGGAACAUAAAAAAAGAAGCUAAGGAAUUAGCAGUCAUCAAACAAAUGGAAGACCAGUUAGAAAAAAUAAAAGUGGAAUCAUGCUAGUAUUGUGUAAGUUAAUUUUUAAUUGAUUGUCAAAUAUGCUGAUAAUAAUUCUUGUAAUUGAUCAUUCAUCCAAAUAAUUUUAAUAAUGUGUUACCAAUCAAUACAUUGAUCAAUUUCUUCUUUGUGUAUCUGUAUUUGUUGUUUGAUUUUUAUUUAUUUAUUUAUUAUUAUUAUUAUUAUUAUUAUUAUUAUUAUUAUUAUUGGUUAAUUAUACAAUACUACAAUACCUUUAAACUAAUGGCUUAUUUUAAAAGUUAUUUAAGUACAUAAGACCUGUUAAUUAUUAUCUAUCUGAACCUACCCCAUAUUUUUACUACAUCCACAGAAUAAAUUUAAUUUAUUCUGUGUUACAUCAAUUAUUUGGUAUUAUAUAGAUGGUGAUGGACAUAUAGGGUAUUUGGUUUGGUUAGUUAUAUUUAUUUUUAUUAAUUUUGCUAAACAUUUAUUGUAAAAUGUAGUGCCAAAAAUAAUAAAAAUAAGCAUAUUGUCAAAAAUUAAAUUUCUUAUAUAGACAUGUUGUUUGUUAUUUUCAUCCUAAUUAAAAAAAUUACUUAUUUGUAUUCCAACAAUAAAAACUAAUUAAAAAGAAUACUUAACAAUUAAUUAAAUGUUUAAUCGCUAGAAUGUUUGUAAUGGAUUGCUAAAUUUAUAAUUAUGUUCUGAAUGUAUCUAGAGCAUAAAUUUGUUAGUAAUUUAAUGUAUCUAUUAUAGUGAACAAAAACAUUCUUAAGAGGUAGUCAACAUUUUUUAAGUAUUUGUUGUCCAUUCUAUUAAACUGAAUUUGAUUUCAUUUAGAAUUAUUAAUAAUAAGUUUAUAUUAUUUCCAGUCUUUAAAAUAGAUGUUUAUUUAUCUUAAAUAUGUUAAUAAGCAUUGUAUUGAAUUGCUUCUGUAUUUAAACUAUUUCUUUUAUUUGUCUUUAAAAUGUAAUUCCAUUUUUAUUAUAUAAUUGACUAUUUAUAAAUUUGUUUCAAUAUUGUACUUAGAUUCCAUGAUAUAAUUUUUAUAUUUUUAAAUUUAAUAAACUAUACCUUUUUCAUACAUGAA